ACAGCUUGUGGGGGCGGAGCCAAAAUAGCAAGGACGGUCGAGUUUGGAAGAGUUGAGGAUUUUCCUGCGUUUGUCUCCUUCUUGUCUUCCCAGCGUUUAAACCAACCAACGACUGCUGAGGCCGAACACCGAGUCCACGCAGCGGGUCGUCUUCUGCCGGCAUGGCUGAAGCAGAAGCACCGACGAGCGGAUUAAACAAUGGCAACCUGUCGCUGACGUGCACGGCUCGUCAACCGUGGAGCAGCUGGACCGGAACCAGUCGCGAUGGUUGAGUGAGAGACGAGAGAGACUUUUUAGCCGCCAAAAGAGAUAUGCGAGGAGCAUUGCACUGUCAACAGCCGAGAGACGCCAUGUGCAGCCCGGCUACACGCAUGUGGAGAGCCGCUGUGUGCUGCUGGAUGCUAACAUUCCUGCACACCUCCACAGGUUUAAAUGUGUGUAUGAGUGGCAGCGCUACUUCCUGUGAAGAAUGCCUUCUCAUCCACCCCAGUUGCGCCUGGUGCGCACAAGAGGACUUCGGCAGGGGGCGCACCCUCAACUCCCGCUGCGACUUCUUCCAAAAUCUGCACAAGCGAGGCUGCGGGAGCCGCUUCGUGGAGCACCCGACCAACAGCAUGACAGUCCGGCAGGACAUGCCUCUGAGCUCCAAAGGCUCCGGCUUCAAACAGUACGACGUGGUCCAGAUCAGACCGCAGAGCCUCUCUCUCAGCUUGCGACCAGGACAGCAGACGUGGUUUGACCUGCAGGUGCGGCAGGUGGAGGACUACCCGGUGGACCUCUACUACCUGAUGGACCUCUCCCUAUCCAUGAAGGACGACCUGGAAACCAUCCGCAACCUGGGCACCAAGCUGGCCGAGGAGAUGGGCAAACUCACCAGCAACUUCAGGAUGGGCUUCGGCACCUUCGUGGACAAGAACCUCUCACCCUUCUCCUACACGGCGCCAAAGUACCAGGAGAACCCGUGCAACGGGUACAAGCUGUUCCCCAACUGCGUGCCCACCUUUGGCUUCCGCCACAUCUUGUCGCUGACGGACCAGGUAGACCGCUUCAACCAGGAAGUGCAGAAGCAGAUGGUGUCUCGCAACCGGGACGCCCCCGAAGGCGGCUUCGACGCCAUCCUGCAGGCGGCGGUUUGUAAGGAGGAGAUCGGCUGGAGGAAGGAGGCCUACCACCUGCUGGUGUUCGCCACCGACGACGUGCCCCAUCUGGCUCUGGACGGGCGGCUGGGCGGCCUCGUGCGACCCCACGACGGACGCUGUCACCUGGACGACAAGAGCGAGUACAGCGCCUCCACGCACAUGGACUACCCGUCUCUGGCGCUGCUGGGCGAGAAACUGGCGGAAAACAACAUUUUCCUCAUCUUCGCCGUCACAAAGCGCUUGUACGUCAUUUAUAAGAAUUUCACGGCACUUAUACCGGGCACCACGGUGGAGAUCCUGGACCAGGACUCCAAGAACGUCAUCCAGCUCAUCAUCACUGCCUACAGUAACAUCCGCUCCAAAGUGGAGCUGACGGUGUGGGACCAGCCCGAAGACCUCAGCCUGUCUUUCAGUGCCACCUGCCAGGAUGGACAACCUCUGACUGGCCUCAGGAAGUGCACCGACUUGAAGAUCGGCGACACGGUAUCGUUCAACGUGAGCGUGGAGGCCAGGAGCUGUCCUCCUCGCCGCACCGACCACAGUUUCACCAUCAGGCCGGUGGGCUUCAAAGACCGCCUGCGGGUCGCCGUGGACUACCAGUGCGACUGCGGAUGCACCCAGGUGGCCCAGACCAACAGCAGUCUCUGCAGCUCCAUCGGUACGUACAAGUGCGGGAACUGCCAGUGCGAUCCGGGCUACCUGGGCGCCCGCUGCGAGUGCCAGGAGGGUGAGGCGGGCAGCGGGCACAUGGCGGCCUGCCGCGAGGCCGAGGGCAAGCAGGUGUGCAGCGGGCGCGGCGAGUGCAGCUGCAACCAGUGCUUGUGCUACGAGUCCGAGUUCGGCAAGAUCUACGGCAGCUUCUGCGAGUGCGACGACUUCUCGUGCGCUCGGCACAAAGGUGUCCUCUGCUCAGGUCGCGGCGAGUGCCACUGCGGCGAGUGCAAGUGUCACGCCGGCUACGUGGGGGACAACUGCAACUGCUCCACGGAGACGGCGUCCUGCGUGGCCGACGACGGGCAGCUGUGCAGCGGGCGGGGCCACUGCGUGUGCGGGCGCUGCCAGUGCACGCAGCCCGGCGCCUUCGGGGACGCCUGCCAAAAGUGCCCCACCUGCCCGGACGCCUGCGACAGCAAAAGGGAAUGCGUGGAGUGUCAUCUGCUCAAGUCGGGACGUCCGUCAGACAACCAGACGUGUCAGCAGCGCGUGUGCAAGGAUGAAAUAGUCACAGUGGACGCUCUCAAAACGGAGGAGCCGGGCGCCGUCUUGUGCGUCUACAAGACAGACGACGACUGCGUGAUGAAGUUCACGUACUUGGAGCACGCCAGCGGACGAGCGGUUCUGACGGCGCUGAGGGAAGCAGAGUGUUCCGGGGGUCCAGACGCGCUGAUGGUCCUGCUAGCGGUGGUCGGCAGCAUCCUGCUGGUGGGCGUGAUCUUGCUGGCCGCCUGGAAGAUGGUCAUCACCGUGCACGACCGCCGGGAGUUUGCGCGCUUCCAGAGCGCUCGCUCCCGUGCACGCUACGAGGUGGCCUCCAACCCGCUCUACAAGCAGCCCUCCUCGGCCGCCUUCGUGGAACUGGACUUUGACCCCUACGACAAGUCCUACAACGGGGCGGUCCACUGACGCACGUUUUGAUGGGCGGGCUGGACACGCCCCUUCUGUUACAAGAACACGCGCGCUAGCGAGCGGGGCCUCUGAGGGGAGCUAAGCUAGCACGUUGACACAAACUUCCUCCUAUUGUGCCUUUUCCCAGAAAUGACUUUCUUCUGCUUCCUGAUUGGCUACAAAAAGCUCACAGGAAAUACUCCCAGUCCAAGAAGUACCGUGAGUAUGUUGAAAGUAGGAGUGACUCUGCACUUUUUUACCUCCCACUUUCACUCAAAACAUCAAACUGCUCAGCUUUCACAAAGAAAGUAUAAAAGGUACAAUAGUAAACUUUGAUUUGUGGUACAUUUUACUGGCUGAAGUACAAUAUUAAUAACUCAACAUUCAUCUUAACUUAUCUUUAAUCGCAACAGAAACGGUACCAAGCAGGAAGGUAAACAUAGAAUCUCUUUAGCGCUAUCGCUUUUUUACACACUUCAGUUUUUUACCUCUCACUUCUUUUCAGUUUCACUACAGCAAGGAAUAAAAAACAUAAAACCGCUCAGCUUUUAUCUGGAAUAAACAGUACAAGAGCAACUGCAAAUACAACAGUAAAAGUUGAUCGCGUUUGCUAGCUAGCUAGCUAGGACUACAAAGUCCUCACGCUUUGCUACACACUUCAGUUUUUUACUUCUCACUUCCAUUAAUUUUCACUACAGCAAGGAAUAAAAAACAUAAAACCGCUCAGCUUUUGAUCUGGAAUAAACAGUACAAGAGCUACAAUGCAAAUACAACAGUAAAAGUUGAUCGCAUUUGCUAGCUAGCUAGCUAGGACUACAAAGUCCUCACGCUUUGCUACACACUUCAGUUUUUUACGUCUCACUUCCAUUAAUUUUCACUACAGCAAGGAAUAAUGUGGGCUCUGUACCGAGGAUGUCGUUGUGGCUUGUACAGCCCUUUGAGACACUUGUGAUUUAGGGCUGUAUAAAUAAACAUUGAUUGAUUGAUUGAAUAAAAAA